AAAAUCGAUGCUGGAAAGAUUGAUGGAUUGCGUUAAACUUUAUCAAAAGGGGGAAGACAACAAAUAUAAUCCGAACUUUAUAACGAAAUUGUUAAACAAUUAUCGAAGUCACGAGGCAAUUCUUCGACUUCCGAACCGGAUGUUUUAUGAAAAUGAACUCGUGGCUUGUGGAGGUGAUGAAAUAACCAGGGCAGAAUACUGGUCGCAAUUGCCCAACAAAAAAUUCCCCCUUAUUUUCCACGCCGUUCAUGGAUCGGAAAGAAGAGACGAAAAUUCGCCCAGUGUUUAUAAUGACUACGAGGUGGACGUUGUCGUUCAUUAUGUAUGCGCAUUGAUGGAGGAAACGCUGGGCGGACAUGGGAUAGAGGAAAACGAUAUUGGAAUUGUGACUCCGUUUAAGUACCAGGCUUCGAUUAUUAAGAUAGCUCUCCAGCAAAAAGGAUUGCACUAUAUUGCUGUUGGCACUGUUGAAAUUUUCCAGGGACAGGAAAAAGACAUAAUAAUUAUUUCCACAGUGAGAUCGAUUGUCUACCAACACAAUGAAAGAUUUCAUCUCGGUUUUCUUUCCCACGCGAAGCGCUUUAACGUAACGAUUACUCGAGCGAAAUCUUUGUUAAUCGUAGUGGGAAAUCCGAAGGUCUUGCAAAUCGAUCCUUGCUGGCGAGAAUUUAUCGAAUAUUGUCAAAGAAAUCGAGCCUGCAGGGGCGACAAUUUCACUCUGAGUCCCUUGUCUGAAAACGAGAUUAAAAAACUUUUAAAUGACAAAAUGGAGACUGAAGAGUGUGAAGAAAAUCUCCUGAUUCCUGAUCUGAAAAUUGAAAAGAUCGAAGAAUCCAGCAGCAAUAUUAGUACAAAUUUUCUCUCUGUUGAGGAAAGAUUUGCCGCAGCCAAGGCACUUGGAGAAACUCUGAAUGACUGGUGGUAAUUUAAAGCUAAAACCAAAAAUUCUCGAUGUUAUUCUGAGAACGGAUCGUUUUUUCAACGAUUUUUUUUCAGCCUAAACUGAUGCGAAAAGUUUAGAUUAUUGUGUAAUAUUCAGUAUUGAUUAUAGAAUAAAAAUAUAGAAAUAAACAAAAAAUAUAGAAUUAAAAAUGAAAAAAAAAUAGGUAAACUAAUUAGGUUUUCUUACUUUAAUUCUUCUGAAUGAAGAAUAUUUUCAAAGUGAGAAAAAUUUAUGGUAUUAUUUGGAGUGAAGAAAAAAUACGUUCCUUUUGUUUAGGAACAGAAAUUAGGGAAAUGAUUGUGAAAUUAUGAACAAAUAUGAAUAAAAAGUUUUUGUAGGAAAUAAAA